AUGGCGCAUUUUCUAUCAAAGUUCCGGCCAAAACGUCCGCAGCCUCAACCUCAACCCCAGCAGCAGCAGCAGCAGCAGCCACGCCCGCCCAUCUCCCUCCUACAACCUUCGAAAAAACAUUCAUGGAGAACAGUACGGAUACUGAAAAUCUUCCGUUCGGCUUUCCGGUCAUUCCCAAUCAUCGCACCUAACAACUGCAAGCUCCCUUCCAGGCACCCACGUGACCUCCACAUCAGCGGCGGGAUUCGUUUGAGCGGUACUCUCUUCGGCCAUCGAAAGGCUCGGAUCACCCUCGCAAUCCAAGAGAACCCUCGGUGUCUCCCGAUGCUGCUGCUGGAAUUGGCAAUCCCAACCGGUAAGCUUCUCCAGGAGAUGGCGUCGGGUCUGGUGAGAAUCGCACUCGAAUGCGAUAAACGACCUGCAGACAAGACCAAGCUUCUUGACGAGCCUAUCUGGACCAUGUACUGUAAUGGCCGGAAAACGGGUUACGGUACGAAGAGGGAUCCGAACGAGGAGGAUCUCAAUGUAAUGGAGUUGCUCCGUGCAAUGUCGAUGGGGGCUGGUGUGCUUCCGAACGGUGAGGAGGGAGAAUCUCCUGAUGGGGAGUUUACAUACAUGCGGGCACAUUUUGAGAGGGUUAUCGGGUCUAGAGACUCCGAGACUUUUUAUAUGUUGAAUCCUGAUGGGAACAGCGGACCCGAACUUAGUAUCUUCUUUGUUAGGGUAUGA